AUGAACGCCCCCGAGUAUCUCGAUGGAGAUUCUGCUGGUGUUUUCUACUGCGGCCACGAGUGCCAGACGACUGACUGGCCAAACCACAAAGGGAGGUGCAACAACUUGAAGCGUCGCAAAUCUCUACUCCGAGCAGCCAAGCUUCUCAAGAAGACUCUCUUAUCCUACAAAGAAGUUCUUUUUGACUGGGACCUGACAGAGAUCGAGCCUCGCGAUGACGCUCUCAUUCUCAAGCAUGACAACAGGCGUCUAAGCUGGGAGAAGCCUAUCAAUUUCCCGGAUCACCUCACCAGUAACCCAGAGCACAAGGAGGCUGCUCUGGUGAAGCGCAUGGCCCUCCACACACUGUCGAUUCUUGGCCCCAUGACUCGGGCCCUGGUGAAAUGCCUCGUUUGCCGCCUGGAGACGGUUUACCUCCAAAUCAAGAACCCCCCGUACCCUGCCAUCAUGGACCCUCCUGACGCGGCCAUCUUUGACAUGAUGAAGCCAAACUUUGGUCUCAAAGGCGUCCUGUUUUCUCUCGACAAGUACAUCACCGAGACAAAUUGUAAUAUCGAAUGGCCAGCUUCGCCUUACCUCCACUGUGAAAUCUAUGAUCAGCAGGAAAUCAUCGCCGUGCUUGGUACGCCUCCGCCGGAGCCCAUGGCCGACAUCCUCAGGAUUACGCGGUACCGUCUGCACUUUGCGGAGUUGGUCAAGGAAUGUGUCGACAACAGCUUGAUCAAGGGCUCGGAUGCUGAGUUCGACGCUAAGAUGGAGGAAUUCUCGCAGAAGGUGAAGACGCACAUGUCCCUCUGUCAAUCCUUCUAG